GCGCCCUCUGUUCGUCUUUCACUUAAUCAUCUCUUUCCCUUGAUCGGAGAACACGAAAUCAGACUCGAUGUCUCCUCGUUCGACCUGCCAUGAGCUUAGCUCAGAAGAUUCAAUCUGCGAAGGUCCAAUCUCAAGCCGCCUCUAUUGCUCAGCGUCGUGGUCUCGCCAGUGCUGCUUGUAGCACUCUCUUUCUCUCUCUCUUUGCGAUUGCUUUGGAAUCCCUAUUCAGAUGUUUCACGUUUAUCAGAUCAUUUUCUUUAACAAUGGAAAGGUUUAAACUUUGGGAAGAUGGCUAUUUUUAUCUGUUCUUCCAAUAUAUGAAUUGUUGGUUAUAUUUAAUUUGUGCAGGUAAUCAUGGAGAUGCCAAGGUUAACUUCUGGAAAGAUCCCAUGAACCCUGGAAACUGGAAAGAUGAACAAUUUAUGCUUAUUGGUUCUGGUCUGUUUUGCUAUGGAGGUUACAAAUUCUUCAACAGUGACACAGUAAGAGAAACCUAUCGAAACGAGGAAGCGCGGAAUCUAUUGUUGGCAGCUAUCUUUGAAAAAUAAGCGUUUAGAUACAAUUUCGUUUAAUGUUUUUUCAAUUUAAAACUUAUAGAAUCUCAUCAUCCUCUCUAUCUCGUGACGACUUGCCUUUUGAUUGUUUAUAAUAUAAGUAUGCAUCAUUUUCCAUUUAAA